CAUUGCCCCCCACACCCACGCUUUUCGUUGCUAUCGCAGUUUUUGGACACCACCCCGCUGCUCGCGGCUGCCGAUGCUGCUGUGGUCUAUUGUCUGGUAUAUAGACGGUGUAAAAAAUUGAGCUUUCAUAUAUCAUCUGGCAAGAUGGCCGAGCGGUCUAAGGCGCUAGCUUCAGGUGCUAGUAGAGAAAUCUGCGUGGGUUCGAAUCCCACUCUUGUCAACAUUUCUUUUUGCUCUUCUUGA